UUACACUGUGGGCGCUGGAAUUCCCGGUCGUUAGGACUAAUUUGGGAAAUGAACUUUUUUAAAUUGGUUCUGGUCUGAGUGUUCUAGGAAGUGCCCCAGAGUGAAUUCCGUUGCUCUGGUAAGUACCUACGCAUAGUAUACAGAGAAUUCCCAUGUUUGAUACAAGGCAAUUGGUGUAGUUGCCUGGCACAUUAUUAUUAUUACAUUAUCGUGCAGGCACAGAGUUCCUGGGCGGUGUCUCUCCUGUCAAUGGGGUCCAUUCCCGGCUGCUACUUUGGUCAGGUAUUGAGUGAGCGCGUCGGCCGACGGCGGACUAUUUUCAGUUCCGCUAUUCCUGGACUCAUAGGUGCGGUCAUAGUUCUUUUCACAAAGACACCUGAGCUAAUAUACGCAGCCCGAUUGUUGAUGGGAGUUACUACUGGAAUAACUGCCGUGGUAACAAUGAUUUAUAUAACAGAAAUAGCAGAUAAGGAAAUCAGAGGGGCUCUGGGUAUGCUUGUCCAGGUCAUGAACAAUUCAGGAAGUCUAAUCAUGUAUGGAGUUGGACCUUUCGUCUCCUACACAGUGCUGAACUCUAUAGUUCUAACUAUACCUGUAGUCUACGUGUUGGCUUGUACCUGGAUACCUGAGUCACCGUAUUAUCAUUUGAAAGACGGGAGAGUCGCUGCGGCGCGGAAGGAGUUCAUGGUUAUAAAGGGCAGGAAGGAUGAGACGUGGGUAGACAAUGAAUUGGAUGUAAUAAGAGCACAUGUCCGUGAAAGUAUGGAGAAUAAAACCACAAUGAAAGAACUUUUUACGAACAUGAGAUACAGGAAGGCUGUUUACAUUGUGGCAGGUCUCAAGAUCCUUCAAUACAUGACCGGCAGUUCUGCUAUACAAUCAUACUUGGAGAUGAUAUUCCGACAGAGCAGUUCGAUAUCUGGUCCGCAUGUUAGUAUUGUCUACGGGUUCGUACAAUUGGCAGCUGGUAUAGGAGCCACAUUUUUAGCAGGCUGGUUCGGUCGACGCAUUCUAAUGCUAAUAUCAAGUCUCGGAGUAGCACUCUCCUUAACAGCUGUUGGAUUAUACUUCUUUCUCCAAGAUUUUAACAAAAUAUCAGCCGAAAGUUUAGCGUUAAUUUCUGCCUUACCUCUCAUAGGCAUUCUUGGUUUUAAUAUUUUAUAUGCUGUAGGAAUAGGAAACUUACCUUAUGUGAUGCAAGCCGAAUUAUUCCCAAUAAAUGUAAAAACUGUAGCAUCGAGUAGUGCUACAAUGUUUGCGUGUGUAUUGAGUUUUGCGGUCGCAAAAUGUUAUCAAAGUAUUAAAGAUAAUUUUGGGCACCAUACAGUAUUUUGGUCUUUUGCUAGUAUAGCUUAUUUGGGAGUUUUCUUCGUUUACUUUUUAGUACCAGAAACUAAAGGCAAGACCUUGGAAGAAGUACAAGAUAAAGUGCAAGAAAAGGAGGAAGAACAAGCAUUACGUGAUAAGGCUGUGAAAGAUUUAGAAUAAUUAAUGUACAGGAAAUCUCUUAAAAGAGAUAAGGAGUAUAAGUUCUAUUGCUUGUCACAGGUUAAGGUAGACUAUAGUAGUAGAAAGUAAUAAGUUUCAAAG